UACAUUUCCUGCUGCAUUAUAUGACGCUGGUGGUGAGCGCUACCUUUCUUUUUUGUGUAAGGAAGAUAAGGUGGCGUCUGGUUGGUAAGGCGAUUGGUAGGGUUAAAAAAAUUAAAGAAAAAAAACAGAAAAGCCGGCGAGUACCUAUAGGGAGGUAAGGGGUGCAGUGGAGUUGAAAUUAACGAAGCAUCUCGGGCAGCCUUAAUCAGAAUGACUCUUAAGUUCGAACGCACGGACACCACUCUAUGUGAUACUUCUAAUGUUAGGUCUGCGCUCUCAGACCUGUACCUGGAGACGCUGCUGCAAAAGAAGGGUCUAUCCCAGUCCCCUGCACCUGCCACUGGUGCUCAGAGUGAGGACUUCUGUAUAAAUGGAUCUGCAGCCUCUGGAAGUGAGAAAAAGAGGGUGCGACUGGUACAGUUCGAGAGAGAAACAGAAGAGCCGAUGGGCAUCACUCUUAAGUUGAAUACUCAACAGAGUUGUAUAGUUGCGCGUAUCUUACAUGGAGGUUUCAUCCAUAGACAAGGAUCACUUCAUGUUGGAGAUGAAAUUCUUGAAAUAAAUGGAAAAACUGUCCAAAACCAAAGUGUAGAUCACCUUCAGAGCUUGUUGAAAGAAAGUAAAGGUACUGUCACCUUGAAAGUUUCACCUACCCUAAGCAGCCGUAAACCUCCUCUUCAGAUGUUUGUGCGUGCUCUUUUCGAUUAUGAUCCACGAUCUGACCCACUUAUUCCGUGUCGUGAAGCUGGGUUACGUUUUCAUACUGGUGAAAUUCUUCAGAUCAUAAAUAAGGAUGACACAAAUUGGUGGCAGGGUCGAACGCAAGGUGCAGGGACAGCUGGGCUCAUUCCCUCUCCUGAAUUGCAAGAAUGGCGUGUGGCAAGCUCUACUUCAGUUACUCAGAUGCAGCAAAGUUGUAGUCCCUUCAAUAAAAAGAAGAAGUGUAAAGACAAGUACCUGGCAAAACACAGCUCUAUAUUUGACCAACUGGAUGUGGUUUCUUACGAAGAAGUAGUUUCUCUUCCAGCUUUCACCCGGAAAACACUGGUGCUCAUAGGCGUCAGUGGUGUUGGACGCAGCCACAUAAAGAAUGCUUUGCUAACGAAGUAUCCUGAACGAUUUAGCUAUCCAGCCCCACACACUUCUCGUCCCCCCAAGCGUGGAGAAGAAGAUGGAAGCAACUAUCACUUUGUUUCAGCAGAGGAGAUGACCCAGUCAGUCUCAGAAAAUCAGUUUUUGGAGUUCGGAAGCUUCAAUGGAUACAUGUUUGGAACUAAGCUCCAGACUGUGAAACAGGUUCAUAAAGAGGGAAAGGUGGCAGUUCUGGAUAUUGAGCCACAGACUUUGAAGAUGGUGCGGACAGCAGAACUGGCUCCGUUCAUUGUUUUCAUCUCGCCUACUGACAAAGAGGAGUCAAAUGCUGUGUUGAAGCUUCGUGCAGACUCAGAGGAACUCCGAUCUCGUUAUGCACAACACUUCGACAUAAUGCUAGUUAAUAAUGGUGUAGAGCAAGCAGUACAGGAUCUACUGAGUGCUUUUGAUGUAGCCUGUACCACUCCUCAAUGGGUACCGGUAUCUUGGGUUUACUAAGUAUUCCCUCCAUUUUAUACCAGAGUUUACUAUCUCUCUCUCUCAGAUGUAAGCUAUUUUCCUGUCCAGGAAAGGAACCUGGCCAUUAAUUAAUUCCUUAAUUAAAUCCAACUCUGCAAACGCUAAACCUAGAAAAACUGAAUAUUUUACACCACAUGCCAAACGAAUAGUAUGUACAAAUUACUCUAGAACAGGGGUCUGGAAUGUCCAAAAACAUUUGGUCUGGCCCUACCAAGGCAACUGGAGAUCGUACCAUGACCGCCAGGGCCGUCUUUAACUCAGUUGCAGGGAGUUCGCAACUGUGACCAAUCCCGCCACUCUCUAUGGGGCCCGCUGAUUACCUGUGCGUCUGUUGUACUGCCAAGGGGAUUGGAACCCAGCGGAGUGACGUCACAUGACCCUGCUGUGUUCCUCCUUCCCCUGGGCGGUAAAGAGGAGUUGUUCGCACGGAGUGCGAGCAGCAGAGAUAAAGCUGCAUUUCAGGUAAGGGGGUGGAAGAUGGAAAGUCCUAUGCUUCCAGUUUGGGUGCUAGGCAGGUCCUGUUGAUGCAGUCUGUUAUCAUGAUACUAAAGGAGGGAGGAUGGCUGGUUGGCAUAAAUACAAUGUGAGACUGGCUGGGGGGGGCAUUAAUUCCGAAGGGAGUGCUGGCUAGGGGCGUCACCUAAAUCAAUACCAAAGGUGGGAUAAAUAUACAAUGUGAAGCUGGCUGGGGACAAUACACAAGGAUAUGGGGGCAUUCAUUCACAGGGGAGAGCUGUCUGGUGGGAUAAAUACACAAUGUGGGGCAAUUUGUUUAGUUGAUUUUGUUUGGCCCGCAAAUGAUGUUAUGAAUAUCCAAAUGGCCCUUGGCAAAAAAAAAAGGUUCCACACCCCUGCUCUAGAGAAUAAAAGAAAUACUGCUGUAUAGUAGAAAAGCAAUUGCACAUUUAGAAGUUGGAUGUCCAGAUAGAAGUAAAAUCAUGGUACAUGAGAGAGAAAUUAUAGAAAUAGUGGAUAUGAAGGGAGGUUGCAGUGGAGAUAAGCAGGUAUGAGGGAGAUUUAAGAAUAUGCCUAAGUAAUAAAAGUAAAUAAAGUUCAAGUUAAUGUUAUUGAGAGUGUGAAUCAGUGUUUGUUUCGACUAUUUUGUU